AUGCGAAAUCUACUCAUUCUUCUCUUGAUAACUGUUGUUUCUGCAACUGAACAUUGGUUUGUCUUCGAUCAAUAUCAAUUUCAAGGAUUUUUCACUCCAUUGUUUACGUUAACAACGAAGCAACAAGAACAAAAAUAUCUUUCGUUUGCACUGUCGAGCUAUGACCGAUCGAUUGCGGUUGAUAUCGAAACACGGCAUCCGAAUGGAACGGUAAAACAACGAGAACAAUCAAUCAAAUUAAACAUUGAACGGGCGGAUUUGUUGUACAAUUCGGUUAAUCAUAUGAUAUUCGUUGCUAUUCGUGAUGGAAUCAAAUUGGAAACGUAUAUCAAUUGCAAAUUAAUCGAUUCCUAUUUUCUUUACUCGACCAUUGUCUUCGAUGACAAAAGUCCAAUUUAUAAAGUGGAAAAUGUUAGUGAUUAUGUCGAACAUCAUGAAGUUGAAACACCGCAAGAGGUAUUCGAGAUUUAUUCGUGUAAACCAAUGCAAACCAAUCAGGUUCUAGAGAAUAGAACGACAACAAUUAUCGCACGGCCAUUGAUUCGAAAGAUGCAGCAUGUGAUCGAGAAAGUCCAACGUCGAAAACUUCGAUCAAGAAGACAUAAUCAACAACAAACUCCUUCCUCGGACUCAUUCACAAUUAUUUACAAGAUUCAUAUCGAUAAAAUCAAUACAACGAAGGCGAUCUUCAGUAUUCCUCAGUUAAAAUUUCAAAUUCUGUAUUAUCCGAACGAACAUUUAUUCCACAUUCGAUUUAAUAAUGAAAAUCGCACUCAGUUUGUUCUCUACGCCGACAAGUCCACCGAUCGGAUCUAUUCACCGAAUACUACUCUAGUUCUGUUCUUACAUGUCACAUCAACAAUGAUCUCCUGUUAUGUAAAUUGUGAAUUAACUGACCAGGAGUUUAUCAGCGAUUCGUCGUAUAUCGAAAGUUUCAUUCGACAAAUUAAAGAUCAGAAUCAAUACGAAUAUAACCGGCAAUCAACAUUGAUUCUUUUCAAUAAAUCAAUCGAACAAAUCGGAGCAAAUUUCUUCUGUUUAAAACUCGACAAAAAAAGUGAAGAAUUACUACCAGAUAAAUAUGCAUUAAGAAAAUUUGCCACUGCAUUAGACAUUCUAGUCAACAGUCUUGACAGUCCUGUCAAUUAUGAAAAUUUUGGCCAAACAAGCACUCAAUCAACAAUCCAAAACGUCUCUGCAGUUAAUAUUCCUUCGAUAAAUACCUAUGGAAGUUUGAGAGCACCAUCCUCGAAUCCAAAUCUGGAGAGCACAACACUUUCUCUCAAUUCUGCAAAAGCUUGUUCUCUCGAUGCUGAUUGUGAUGGAGAAAGAACCUCUAUGACUUGUCAAUCUGGUUCUUGUUUAUGUCCGAAACGGUUAUUUUGGUCAACGAGUUUACAUCGAUGCAUUACUUGUCAUGAUCUAUUGAUCGGUAAUCGUUGCUUUCGUCUUUCCAAUCACAAAUCAACAUGGUCUGAAGCCAAUGAGAAUUGCGAAGAUGACAAUACAAUUGACGAAGGACAAGAGUAUACAAUGAAAUUAGCAUCGAACCUUAAUCGAACAGAUAUUCAAUAUCUCAAAGAAAGUUUCACACAAGAAAACGAUAACGAUCAAACUGAUUAUGUCUACUGGAUAGGUGCGACGAGUCAGUUCGAUAAGAAAAAGUCGAAUUAUCGAACACGCCGACAACUUCCGACAGCAGUUUUUCGUUGGUAUGAUAAUGGAGAAGUCGCACAAUUGAAUCAACAUGAUAUUUGGUGUUCACAAACAGAGUAUAUGAGUUUAGCAACGAUCAGCAAUAAUGAACUAUGUGUGAGUGUGACAUCAUGUGGAUUGUAUGCGGAUGAUUGUCAACGAAAUUAUCGAUUUUUAUGCGAAGCCGUUUAA